GUGUGCUCUGACGAGGCAUUCCGGCGCGGCCACUCGCGGGUCCCAGCGUUCAAGAAGGAGCCCGCUUUAGCUUCGCGCGCGGCACACUCUGACUACGGGAUAGCAAUUUGUCGUGCCGCACCAACGACGGGUGAGCUAAGAGGAGAGACAUCGUCGAUCCGGAACAGGUCACAAGGUACAUCGUUUGGGACAGGUACGCGCUGCCGUCGAAAGUUCACGUCAUGCCAAUAUACCGCCCCAAGUGUCGUACCUGGAUAAUGCCCAGGGAAAUUGGGGAGGGAUGUUGAGCGCCGCCAAACAAGGAAAAAAAGCAAUGUUACAAAAAAAACCAGGCCUCGAAGGCAGCGCUGUUGCGGUCGGUCGACCGAACAUCGAAUUUCGAGAUUCGCAAUGGAGAAAUUGGCUAGGACGGGGGGGCUGACAGGCUCAGCGCACAAGUUAGCUUGGAAACCUGACCAUUUUUGUGUGUUUUUGAUGAAAAAAAAAAUUGACCAGGACCGGGCACUCGCCUGGCGAUCUGCUUCCGAAGCAGGCGGUUUUAGUGGUGGUGCUUCCGAGGAGACAGCCUGGCUCCCGCAUGGUCCGCCAACAUGGGAUUUCUAGCACGAAGAGGGGGAAUUCCUCAAUCGUGCAUGGGGUUUGGAAGCGCGGAUUUGGAACGGCGGCGACACAACCCCGUCGUGAAAGGGGGGAAAAUCCACAUGACCCCGGCCGCAGGACGGUGACAACGUACGCAGUACACGACGUAAAAAGGGCGAAUGCGAUCGCGCACGGGACCGCACAGACAGGAAAGAAGGACCGCGAGCACAGCGACGAGAGCGGAGACCGGUUUUGCGGAGAGAAGCACGAUUUUGGCUCACAAUCAAUACGUCAUUGCUCGUCAGCUCACGCCGCAUAGAUUGAAGCGUGGAGGCCCGUGACCCGGGAGGAGCCAAUGGCGAGCGCAGCGCAUGGACAGGCCGAACAGACAAGACGAAACGAGAUUGCGAAAGCCUGUCGUUUGUUUCUUUCUCUCCCCCCCCCCC